UAGUAGUCUAUUUAAAGUAGUGUGGGGUGUGCAUACUUGCCUGCAGAUAUGCCCAUCUAGUGAAUCCUCACUGAAGUCAAAGACUUUAGCAAUUAAGGUUUUGGACAACAUUUGAGAUUAUGUCUUUUAUUUAAUUAAUUAUUUACUCUCUUUUUUAGAAAAUAAAUAAAGACAAUGCAUGGAAUCUACAACUCAUUGACUUCAUGACGUCUAUGCUGAGGCGGCAUGACUCACGAAUGGACAACCUGCAAACAGCAUCUACUGUAGUUGAUGCAUCUGCUAGAAUUUAUUCAUUUAGAGUAGAUGCUGUACAUUAUGAUGUACUUAAAAUGGCUGGUGGACUAAGUAAGGCUGCUCAGACAAAACGAGGGAAAAAGGAUGAUGAUGGUGCAACUCAAGAUGAAGGUGCAGUGGAUGGAGAUGCUGCGCCUCAAGUAAAAAAAAGGAAAAAAAGAUCGAAGGGUGCCAUUGCAGCAAACCCUGAGGUGUUCAAUGGUGACUUCGACGCCAAUGACUGUAUAGAUCCAUUUUUCGAGAGGCUAGCUGCUACUACAGGCGACGUUACGUCGUCCAAUAGAGCAUUUAACGCAACGUUGCCUAUCCACGACAAGACAUUGGCACUAAUAUUGAGAACUGAUGAUAUUUUCCUUGAACCAAUAAAAGAAAAUGUAGUAGAAGAUAUAGAUCUCACUGAUCAAAUAUGUGUUGCAUUAAAAAUGUUGCCUGCUUUUGUGGAAGGAGACCAAAUAUGCGAACCCUUCACUGGAUUUUCUAUCAGCAAUUGGGACCCAGAUACAGAGGAUGUUGACAGCAACCGUGUAAAUAACUGGGUGGAUGAAAACCGUUUGAAUUUGUCUCAACAAGCAUUGGCCUUCGAUGUUAAUGCAGAGGUGGAACCAAUACCACAAGAUGAUGUUCAAAAUGAUUUAUUUGAUAUUUAUGAUCUGGUGUAUGGUUAUGCAGAGGAUGAACCACUAGGUGGGAUAGACAGUGAGGAGGAAGCGGAGGCUGCACUAGCAGCAUGUGCGGUCCGUGCGCCCGCCGCCCCCGUGGCGCGAUUGACUGACAUGAGGCCGAACGGACCUCACGACACGCGGCUGGAGUACUCUUACUGCGGGUCUAUAGUCGCCGCCUGGGCCGGACCCGCGCAUUGGCGGCUCAAGAACAACAGAGGUGUGUAG